ACCCGGUACAGGUAUCACGGUGAUAGUGGGACGCUGGACGUCCAGGGACCGUUGGGUGUAUAUAAACACAGGAGUAAACCGUUAAAUAUUCAGUUGGAAACUUUCAAGAUGAAGUGCUACAUCAGUUGUAUUUCAUUGUUGUUCGUUUGGUUACCGUUUGCUGUCGGGUUUGAACAGGAAGUGGUCCCAAAAUGUGGACCGGAAGUGGAGAUUUGUGAGUUUGAAUGGACGGUGGAAUACUUGGAGACAAUGGUUGUCUACGGGGAGGGCGGGACCGGAAACCCGGUAGUGAGUCGAAAUGGAUCUCUUUUCAAACGAACUGGAUGUGACGACUACGAGCCACUGACAGAAGCAGAAAUGAAAAAUACUAUCAUGGCUGACGGUAGUUACAAGGUCGUGUAUGCCAUAAAUGGUCAAGUGCCCGGACCGUCCGUUGUGGUAUACGAAGAUCAACAGGUGGUUGUGAAGAUCCAGAACAAUCUUAUGUACGAGGGAAUCACGAUACACUGGCACGGCAUGGUACAGUGGCUGACACCCUGGAUGGAUGGGGUGGGGACCGUGUCCCACUGUCCAAUCAACCCAGGGGAGAGCUUCACGUACAGGUGGAUGGCUGACCCCCAUGGGACUCAUUGGUAUCACUCUCACUUGGGAGUGGAGCGUACUGACGGCCUAGCCGGGGCCCUAAUAGUCCUGCCAAGGCCUGAACCAGAGACAGAGGAGAAGGUCGACGAGUACACAUUUGAAAAGGACUACAUCGUGUUUCUGCACGACUGGUUUCCGUUCCAUUCCAUUGAAAUCAACAGAGAGUUGGCCUGGGGUCUCACGAGGUAUGCCUACGGCUUAAAUGAAUCCCAAUGCUAUGACACGACGUCCAGUACAGAUGGAGGCGGUGUGGGGUUCACACCUUUCGAAUCAGGACUCAUCAAUGGGAAAGGCCACACCUUCCACAAUUCAUUCAAUGCAUCUAAUGCCGACCUCGAUGCGCUACCGCUGGAAUGGUUCGAGGUCAAGAGGAACUCUUACUAUCGUCUCCGGUUGAUCAACGCCGGGAUGUUGUUUGCCUUCCGGUUCUCUAUCGAUCAGCACGACGUACAAAUUAUCGCUGUCGACGGAAAUGACGUAGUAACCAUGGCGGCGGAGUCGAUCAUUGUCAAUGCUGGCGAGCGUGUCGACAUCGUUCUCUACGCAGGUGCACACCAAGAAAAUUUCUGGAUUCGAGGAGAAACGCUAGAGGCUACUGCUAACGGAGAGGAAGUAGUCCCAGGAAAGGCAGUUGCAGUGCUCCAUUACUCUGGUGCUAACAAAGACCUACCGACCACCGAGAGAGAUGUCUGUACCGAGGAGGAUCCGUGUAGGGUCAUCAACUGUCCGUUUGGAGAAUUUCCUCAGAGCUAUCAUCGUGUGUGUAUGCCAAUAUCUGACCUGAAGUCUACUAAGGAGCAGAUGGAGGUACAUCCAGUGCCCCCGGCGGAACCUUCAGAAGAAUUCGACGAAGUAUUCGUCAAUUUCCAUUUUUCUUCCGGCGCAGAUGUUCCAUUUACACCGUCUGUCAAUGGGCAUAACUACAUUCCCUUCUCCGCCCCACCUCAGAUCUACCCAAUAGGGAACGAUACGCAUGCGCCCUGUGAUACCCAGGACUGUGGUGACAACUGUCACUGUUCUUACAAGAUAAAGUUAGAACUAGGAAAAACUAUACAGCUGGUCUUCUUAAACCAAGACGAUGCGGUAUUUGGAAUGGCACAUCCCGUUCAUAUGCACGGCCAUCACUUUCACGUUUUGAAAACAGUGUAUCCAACAUAUGACCCCCAGACAGGACGUAUCGAUGCAGACAAUACGGACAUUCAGUGCAACACUCAGAGUUGUAAUAAUCCGCACUGGAGAAACAGGUCCUGGGAACAGGGUAACGUUCCAGGACUGAACCUCGACAACCCGCCUAUGAAGGACACGAUAAUUAUUCCCAGGAAAGGGUACGUGGUGACGCGUAUCCGGUCUGAUAACCCAGGAUUCUGGUUCAUGCAUUGUCACAUUGAGAUGCACCAGGUCGCUGGCAUGGCCGUCCUUUUCCAGGAAGGAGACAUCUCCGACAUGACUCCCACUCCAGAAGGAUUCCCCACGUGUGGAGAUUUCGAAUUCUCUGAGGAAGAGUUCAAAAGGUUAACUUCUGGAAAGAAAAAGCAAGAGCACAGACACAAGUAUAAGCGAGACGAGGAAAAUCAUCAUCAUCAUCAUCAUCAUCACUAUUCGUGGUUUCAUCAUGCCCAAUGGAAGAAAUAUAUCCAUCACAGGAUAGGCUACGUCAUCACUAUCUGCAUACUUCUUGCUAUAAAUAUUGCUACUGUCAUCGGUUUCUGUGUAGUCAAAAGGAAAUUGACUCAACAAAAGAAGUCACUGCUUCACAAGCGAGAAGAAAUAAACAAAGCACUGGUGUUCGAGUCUAAUGAUCCACUGAACAAAAGUAAAGGUUCCAGUAUAUCUAAACAAAAUCUACUGUCAUGAACAUUUUGGGAUAUAAAAGCGUUUGUUUAUCAAACAUGAAGCUAUAAAUAUCACGAGUAUCUUGUUGAUGUUUUAGAACUAUACAUAAUCAGCUGAAAAAAAUGUUUUAAAUGAUCUUGAACAGUGCAUUGUUCGCCUCCGCAGUAUAACGUUGACAAAUUUAGACCAUUAUAAGAUAAGGUUCUCUGACCACUUUUGAACGUGAUUUGUAUGAUGGUCAACUAAAGUGUAAAAUGUUAUUUAGAAAAAUAAGGACAACCAUUUUCUUGUCACAAACGGUUUCAUUUCCCGAUUUAAAGAUUCAUCGAAAAGUACAAUUUGACUACAGACUCUUAGAAAACUACAAACUACAAAAAGUACAGUAUAAUCUCUUCAGCCAUAUAUGGCUUAAAGUGUUUGUUUUUCAAUUUUCCUGUAUAAACAUGAUGAAAUGUAGAAUCAGUUUAAUAAUAAAAAUGAAAUAAUCAUACGAAUGAAUCAUUGUUAUC